AUCAUGGCUCCUUCUCGAGAAUUUGCAUCCCACCAGACUGGUGGCUCUGGCACUUUACCAAGUUCUGUUCCCGUGCUCAUUGUGGGCGGAGGUCCUACUGGUCUAUUGCAGGCCCUUCUUCUAUCUCGACUCGGUGUUCAAUCAUUGAUCAUCGAGCGUUAUCCCGAGCGUCUCGCUGCCCCAAAAGCCCACGCGAUCAACCCUCGCUCUUUGGAAAUAUUGCGUCAAUUUGAAUUAGGCGAGAAGCAUGUGCGACAGCUAGGCACUUCGCGAGAUGAUAGCUCCUCGGUGAAUUUUCUCACCAAUCUUUGUGGAGACGCGAUUGGCAGGCUCCCGUAUGAGCGUAUGGAUCCUGCAGUUUUGAAUGAUACGCCAGAGAUGAUCCAUAAUUUACCCCAACCAGCCCUAGAGCAAGAAUUCUCCAAUUUUAUUGCAAAGGAUCCCAACAUUACCUUGAUCAAGGGGUUCAGUAUCCAUGCCGUGGAGCAGACUAAAAAUGAAGUCAUAGCGACAAUUGAGGAACGGUCGACUGGAAAACUCUAUAACACAAAGUCCCGUCAUCUUAUAGCCUGUGAUGGCCGUAGAAGCAAGGUCCGCGAGCUGCUCGGUAUUGAGUCUGAGAGCGAAGACUCAGACCAGACAAUGAUGACCAUUCAUUUCAAUGCCAAUCUACGACCCGUCGUUGGUGACCGUGUCGGUAUGCUGUACUGGAUAAUGGACCCUAUAGCUGCGGGCUUUAUUAUCGGCUAUGAUCUCGAUGGGAUCCAGGUACAUAUCAGCCAGGUAGACGUUGAGCAGUACCCGGUUGAAUUAUGGACAGAAGAUAUGUGCAGGGCCAAGAUUCGCAGUGCUAUUGGUAAAGAUAACGUUCCGUUUGAUAUCCUGAGCUAUCGCCCCUGGGUCUUCCGUCGACAAGUUGCUUUGACAUUCCAGGAGGGGAAUAUCUUCCUGGCUGGAGAUGCUGCUCACUCAUUUCCCCCAACUGGUGGACUAGGCUUGAAUUGUGGUCUUGCAGAUGUUCACAACUUGGCUUAUAAGAUUGCCUUGGUUCACCGGGGAGUGGCGACACCAUCUAUACUUUCGACAUACACUGCCGAACGACGCGGCGUUGCGGAUUCCUAUUCUAAGCAGAGCGUUAAGAACGGUAAGGAGAUAUUUGCACUGCUGCAAAGUCUCAAGACCGCUGGUGUCGAUGAUGCUAUGCAAGCGCGAGAGAAUAUGGUGGCAACAUUGGCGGAUCCAGCUCAGCGCACACAGGUUGAGGCAGGUAUUGAAGGACAGAGGGAGCAUUUUGAUAAUUUGGAGCUUCAUAUUGGAUAUGUGUAUGGGGCUACCAAGCCACCACCUCACGCUUCUCGUUACUCUCCGAAAUUUGUGCCUGGGGCGCGCUUGCCUCAUAGUUGGAUCAGUUUCCCAGGUGACCUCUCGCCGAUGACACAGGCAGCCAAACGUUCUUCGCUGCCUCAGGAGCCAGUCGAUGUAUCCUAUGUCAGGGAGCUCGACGCAGGUCAGGUUCGCGCUUGCCAGUGGAGUACCCUUGAUCUCUGUGGCCCCGACUCUUGGACUUUGAUUUUGGGGAAGGAGCAGCAAAAUCCUCACAUUGCACUUUUGCAGAAGCACUUCACCGUGAUUGGUAUAACUCUGAAUGCCUGGCGGUUGGGAGUGGACUUUGAAAUUGUCAGGCAAAGCUGGUUCGCUGAUGAGUUGGUUAAUGGUGGGGGGAUUCUGAUUCGUCCUGAUCAGCACAUCUUAGCAAGGGUCUCUACUGAGACAAAUGGAGAAGACGUGAUUGAAGAAGUGAACAAACACCUUGGGAUUUCAAAUCGUUAA